ACAAAGAUGAAAACUAAGACAGCCAAAAGUAUAAAAUCUGGAGAACAUAGCCAAAGGAAUUAGAAGACAAAUAUUUGGUUUGUCUUCUUACUUUGACCAUUCAGACCGUUUUGUGUUCCUCCCAGAUUCCAGGCAAGUUAUAUUCUCUUCUGGUAUGUGUUUUUUUUUCUGUUCUAAGACUGUUCAUGUUCUUGGUUUUGUCAUUUUGGUAAAUAUAUCACUAAAUUUGCUACAUCAAAAAUCAUUUCUCUUUUUGUAUUGUGACUGUAUCCAGGUUUGAUGGGGGAUUCUUCUGAAAAUUCAAAAAGAGUUAAGCUUAGUGAUGGGAGAUUCUUAGCUUAUAGAGAAAGUGGAGUUCCAAAGGAGGAGGCAAAAUACAAGAUCAUUCUUGUUCAUGGCUUUGGAAGCUCUAAAGACAUGAACUUCUCUGCCUCAAAAGAGCUAAUACAAGAGCUUGGUGUGUAUCUUCUAUUCUAUGACCGUUCUGGAUAUGGAGAGUCAGAUUCAAAUUCAAAACGUUCACUGAAAAGUGAAGUUAAUGACAUAGUAGAACUUGCUGAUCAGUUGGAGAUAGGACCCAAGUUUUACCUAAUUGGAUUAUCCAUGGGAUCUUACCCAACCUGGGGUUGCCUAAAACACAUACCUCACACGCUAUCUGGUGUGGCUUUUGUUGCUCCGGUUGUGAAUUACUGGUGGCCAUCGCUUCCUAAGAAUCUUAUAAAGGAAAAUUACAUGGGAGGUCUUAUCAGAUGGGGUUUAAGGAUAUCGAAACUUGCACCUGGACUGUUACAUUGGUUAGUUAUAUUUACACAAAAGGUCUUGGCAUCAACUAGUUCGGUUCUUGAGAGCAAGCAAGUCUACUUCAGUAGCCAUGACAUGGAGGUGCUCAAGAGAACCACUGGCUUUCCUAUGUUCACUAAGGAAAAGCUACGUGAAAGAGAUGUUUUCGACACUUUAAGAGAUGAUUUCAUGGCUUGUUUCGGACAAUGGGACUUCGAACCAGCAGAUCUAAGAAUUACUCAAGAGAGUAAUGUACACAUCUGGCAUGGGAAGGAAGACAAAGUUGUUCCGUUUCAACUUCAAAGAUGCGUGCUGCAGAAGCAACCUUUGAUCAACUACCACGAGAUCCCUCAAGGUGGACAUCUCAUCGUGCACUACGAUGGCACUUGCGAUGCGAUUCUACGUGCGCUGUUGCUUGGUGAAGAAAAAAAAAUCUGUAUAAACCAGUUCCUGAUGAAACCAUGUAAAAAAAAAGUUGAUUAG